AAGCCCGGCCACGUUCUCUCAUACGCCGGUUCGCACUCAAAAGUCCGAUUUAAGGCAUCUGCUUUACAACUUUACAACUUUGCAACUUCACCUGAACAAUACCGAGACCAGACAAUCAACAUGGGCCGUCUUGAAGGCAAGAACUGCAUCAUCACUGGAGGCGCUGGUGGAAUUGGUCUCGAGACUGCCAUUCUGUUUGCUCGGGAAGGCGCCAAUGUCCUCCUUUCCGAUAUCUCCGGUCCAGCACUGGAGAAGGCUGCGGCCAAGCUGAAAGAGGUAGUGCCGGAGGCUAAAAAGGUCGAGACCAAGAUUACCGAUGUCUCCAAGGAGGCUGAUGUCAAGGCUAUGGUCGAGCAUGUGGAUUCAUGGGGCGGUCUUGAUGUCUUGUUCAACAACGCAGGCAUCAUGCACGCAGACGACGACGACGCUGUCAACACACCAGAGAAGAUCUGGGACUUGACUCAAGCCAUCAACGUAAAAGGUGUAUGGUUUGGUUGCAAACACGCCGUCAACAGCUUCAGGAAGAACGGAAAGAAGAAGACGAGUGUCAUCAACACAGCAAGUGUGGUUGCACUAGUGGGUAGUGCAACACCGCAGCUCGCAUACACAGCCAGCAAGGGCGCUGUACUUGCGAUGACAAGAGAGCUGGCCAUGGUCCACGCACGUGAGGGUUUCAGGUUCAACGCGCUAUGCCCGGCACCACUGAACACUCCUUUGUUGCAAGAUUGGCUUGGCGAUGACCAAGCUAAGCGCCACCGUCGCGAAGUCCAUUUCCCAACCGGUCGAUUCGGCGAGGCCGUCGAGCAGGCUCAGGGUGUCCUCUUCCUUGCCAGCGAUGAGAGCAGCUUUGUCAAUGGUACCGACUUCGUUAUCGAUGGUGGCAUGACCAGAUGUUACACCACUCCUGAUGGACCACCUACUGAACCACCCAAGAACAACGCACAAUAAGUGUGUAUAGGUGGGGAUCAUGAUGAAUGAACGAUUUUAUUUAGCCUUUACGAUAGACAAUACAAUUAAAAUACCCAACACCCA